AUGGAGAGAGAGGAGGAGAAUAUUGUUCCAACUGAUGAGCCUGAGAUCAAGCACGCAGGAGUUAAAGCCAUAGCCUUUAUCAUUGGGAACGAGGCAUUUGAGAAGCUUGGAACAAUUGGAACUUCAUCAAACCUCAUCCUUUAUCUGAACAAUGUCUUCCACAUGAAGAAAGUGACAGCUGCAACACUCAUUAACAUCUUCAAUGGCACCACAAACAUGGCACCCUUGCUGGGUGCCUUCCUCUCCGAUUCUUACUUUGGACGUUACAAGACCUUGGCCUUUGCUUCCAUGUCCUCUCUUUUGGGGAUGACAGGACUAAUGUUAACAGCGGCAAUCUCCAAACUGCACCCUCCACAUUGUGAGAAAAACCAUAAUAGCACAUGUGUCGGGCCAACGGCUUGGCAAUUGGCCUUCUUGCUAGCCGGAUUCAGCCUCCUAGUUGUCGGAGCUGGAGGUAUCCGUCCAUGUAACCUAGCCUUUGGUGCUGACCAGUUCAAUCCGAGGACCGAAUCCGGCAAAAGGGCCAUUAACAGUUUCUUCAAUUGGUAUUAUUUUACCUUCACCUUUGCCGUGAUUAUAUCAGUAACGUUCAUCACCUAUGUGCAGAACAGGAACUGGGCUAUUGGGUUAGCCAUUCCUGCGUGCCUUAUGUUCAUUUCAUGUGCAUUGUUUUUCUUGGGGUCAAGAUUUUACGUUAAAGUAAAACCCCAGGGAAGCCCCCUUGUUAGUGUGGUACAAGUGGUGGUGGCUGCCACUAGGAAGCGUCAGUUAAAGCUGCCUGAAAACAGGGCAUUUAACCUUUUCAACUACAUGCCCAACACUUCCAACAACUCCAAACUACCCUGCACCGAUCAAUUUGGGUUCCUUGACAAGGCUGCAAUCCUUACACCAGAAGACCAAGUUAAUUCUGAUGGAUCGGCUUCCAACCCAUGGAAGCUUUGCAGCAUACAACAAGUAGAAGAAUUGAAAUGCAUAGCAAGAGUAAUUCCCAUUUGGGCAUCAGGGAUAGUCUUCCACGUUGCUAUAGUCCAACAGCAAACCUAUGCGGUUUACCAAGCUUCUCAGUCCGACAGACGCCUCAGCAAAAGCAGCUUCAAGGUGCCUGAAGCAUCUUAUGCAGUCUUUGCCAUGCUAACCCUUGCUAUGUGGAUUCCAAUCUAUGACCGAGUCGUGGUUCCUUUCCUCCAAAAGCUGACUGGCAAAGAAGGUGGCAUCACGAUUCUCCAAAGAAUUGGCAUUGGAAUUGUGCUCUCAGUUUUGACUAUGGUUGUUUCUGGUUUGGUUGAAGAGCGGAGAAGAACCUCACCUCUUACUAUGCCAAAACAAUCAUCUAUGUCUGGCUUAUGGCUAAUCCCUCAACUUGCACUUGCUGGGCUAUGCGAGGCUUUCAACGCCAUUGGCCAAAUUGAACUUUAUUAUAAGGAGUUUCCAGAGAACAUGAGGAGCAUUGCUGGGUCUUUCUUAUUUUGUGGCAUGGCCUGCUCCAAUUAUCUAAGUGGUUUUCUGGUUUAUGUGGUUCAUAGAAUCAGCUUGAGAGCUCGGACUGGAGAUUGGUUGCCAGAGGAUCUUAACGAAGGGAGAUUGGAUUACUUCUAUUACAUGAUUGCUGCUCUGGGUGUCCUCAACUUUGGAUACUUUUUGGUGUGUGCCAGGUGGUAUAGAUAUAAAGGGGAUUUAGAAGAAUGUUAA